GGAGGAGCGCGAGGAAAAAGAAGCCUGGCGCCGGCCGCGUGCGCAAAGCAGCCAGUCAGAGAGAGCGCGCGCGAGAGAGGCAGAGAGAGCGGCACGCGCCCACUCCUCACAGCAGACUCACCUGAGGGAGGAAAAGACUCCAAAGAAGGGUGUUUGAAAAGACUGUGAAGCCCACCAUGAGCCCACUUGAAGCGACCCACGUCGCCCUGGCGGUCUUCCUCCUCAGCAUCCUCGACCACGUUUCUGGCAACGCUGUGAGUUUAUGUGGCAGGAACGAGUUUCAGUGUGGGAAUAGAGAUUGCAUCCCUUACAAAUGGAUUUGUGAUGGCAAAGCUGAAUGUCAAGAUGGUUCUGAUGAGUCUCUGGAUACCUGCAAAUCUGUUACCUGUGAUCCAGGCCAGUUCAGCUGUGGUGGCCGCAUAAAUCGUUGCAUCAAUAUGAGCUGGCGGUGUGACUCUCAAACUGAUUGUGAAAAUGGUUCUGAUGAAGAAAACUGCCCACCUAAAACCUGUGCAGAUAAUGAAUUUCAAUGCAAAAAUGGGAAUUGUAUUACUCUGGACUUUGUCUGUGAUGAAGACCGUGACUGUGAAGAUGGGAGUGAUGAAGAACACUGCUCUCCCCCAACCUGUAACCCCGAAAUGUUUCAUUGCAACAGCUCAGAGUGCAUCCCUAAACUCUGGGCCUGCGACAAUGAUGCAGACUGUAAGGAUGGGUCGGAUGAAUCACCAGCGCUCUGUGGGAAGCAAGUGACCAACCCCUGCUCCCCAUUGGAGUUCCACUGUGGCAGUGGCGAAUGCAUCCAUCAGAGUUGGCAGUGUGAUGGUAGCUUUGACUGCAAAGACAGAUCAGAUGAGGCAAACUGUGCAAAAGCCACGUGCCGACCAGAUCAGUUUGAAUGUAAUGAUGGCACUUGCAUCCACGGAAGCCUUCAGUGCAACAAGGAGAAUGACUGCAAAGACAUGAGUGAUGAAGUUGGCUGUAUCAAUGUGACAACAUGCACAGGACCAAAUAUAUUUAAAUGUGGCUCUGGCGAAUGUAUCACUAUGGACAAAGUCUGCAAUGGCCUGAAGGACUGCAGGGAUUGGUCUGACGAGCCCCUCAAGGAGUGCCGAACCAAUGAAUGUCUGGCCAACAAAGGUGGUUGCUCCCACAUAUGUAAUGACCUCAAGAUUGGAUAUGAGUGCUUAUGUCCUGAAGGCUUCCAGUUGAUUGACCAAAGAAAAUGUGAAGAUAUCAAUGAGUGUCUCAACCCUGAUACCUGUAGUCAAAGCUGUGUGAACCUGGAAGGAAGCUAUAAGUGUGAAUGUAAAGAAGGCUACCAGAUUGACCCUGUGACAAAGACGUGCAAAGCCAUCGGUACCAUUGCAUAUCUUUUCUUUACCAAUCGCCAUGAGGUCAGGAAGAUGACUCUGGAUCGCAGCGAGUAUACAAGCCUGAUCCCCAAACUCAAAAAUGCAGUGGCCUUGGACAUGGAAGUUGCCAACAACAAAAUCUACUGGUCUGACAGCUCUCAGAAAAAAAUAUUUAGCACCCCAAUAGAUACAGCUCACAACCACUCCCACCAUACUACAGUGAUUGAUAGUGGCAUCCGAUUCCCAGAUGGCCUAGCAGUUGAUUGGAUACACGGCAACAUUUACUGGACUGACUCAGGGCUGGGCAGUAUCUCUGUGGCCAACAGCGACGGCUCAAAGAGGAAGAUGCUGAUCAAGGAACUUGGUGCCAAGCCACGGGCCAUUGUGGUGGAUCCAGUUCGUGGAUUCAUGUACUGGACUGACUGGGGCAUAUCUGCUAAAAUUGCCAAAAGUGGUUUGAAUGGAGUGGACAACUUUCCUUUGGUGACAGAAGGCAUUCAGUGGCCUAAUGGAAUAACACUUGAUUUGGUCAACCAGCGUCUCUACUGGGUAGACUCCAAGUACCACUCCGUAUUCAGCAUUGGUGUGGAUGGAGGAAACAGGAAGACCAUUCUUAUGAAUGAGGAGAAAUUGGCUCACCCUUUUGCCAUCACAGUCUUUGAGGAUAAAGUGUUCUGGACUGAUGUCAUCAAUGAAGCUAUUUUCAGCGCCAACCGCUUGACGGGCUCAGAUAUCACCAAGGUGGCACAGGACCUGUUUUCACCAGAGGAUUUGGCUCUUUUCCACUCUGUGCGGCAACCAAAAGGUGUGAACUGGUGUGAAAGGAGUGGCGUCACCAAUGGAGGUUGUCAGUACCUAUGCCUUCCUGCCCCACAAAUCACCCUCCAUUCUGCCAAGUAUACCUGUGCCUGUCCUGAUGGCAUGUACCUAGCUAAAGACAUGAGGAGCUGCACAACAGAUCCUGUUGUUCCCAGCACCAUAGCUCCUGUCCCCACUGCCCCAGCUCCUGUUCCUGAUAUCCCAGUUCCUGUCAAUGUCACAACUCGGCCGCCCACCACAACAAGGAUUACACCUAAGACUCCAAGGAUGAGAAAUGCAUCUGUUCCUAGCAUCUCUGAACAUACCACCCAAGAAAUGGUCACUCUUUCUCAGAAAGCUCGAAAUGGGAUUGCUGCAGAAAUAGAUGGGGCCAGACAGAGGGGCCCACCAGCGCUUUCUAUUGUCCUGCCAUUAGUCCUGAUUUGUCUAGUCUCUUUUGGGGCUUAUCUUGUUUGGAAGAAUUGGCGGCUCAAGAAUACCAACAGUAUCAACUUUGACAACCCCGUCUAUCAGAAAACAACAGAGGAUGAGAUUCACAUUUGUCGGAGUCAGGAAGGGUACACAUACCCAUCGAGACAGAUGGUCAGCCUGGAGGACGAUGCGGCAUGAACCUGUUUCAACCCCUGAAGUGCCUCUCUCCAGAAUUUGCUGCUUAUUUUCAGGAGGAGAACCUGUGUGCCCAGCCUCCAGUUCUCUCAGCCGUCCAACACCACUUCCUGAGUGACUUGGUGGACCUUUUUGCCCACUAUCUCUAUUAUUAUUUGUUGUCUUUUAAGAAAGGGCGUUGGUCAACUGCUGUCUAUGGAGGACAUUGCAAAUGAAGCUUGGCAGUUUUGUUGGGUUUUUACUUUUUUUGUAUAUUUAUUUUUUUCUUCUUCUUGCAUCCAGUGCUGCCAAGAUGCACUGCAGUGUCUGGUUCUCCUUACUCUGGGCAAGGCCACUGUUUUCUCAGUCAUGAAGGAGAGUAAGGAUUUGACAAAAGAAGAGAAGGCUCUUCUCUGUACGCACUGCUUGGUGUCUCAGGGUCUUCUCAGGGGCUGGCCUUUGUGCCCUGCUGCUUGACUUCGAAAGGCAGGCUGGAGGCCACCAGGGAAUGAAGAUGAGGCCAGAAGCCAAGCCUGGCUUGUCUGUGAGCCUCGGGAGCUUUUCCUGGGAAGUGGAGCUCAGCCGUCCAUGUGCAGACCACAAGAAAUGUGUGACUUUGUUCUCUCUGGUUCCAAAGAAAAUGCAAAACAAAACACAAAGCUCAAGGCCCUGUAUGUCCUAUUUGGAUCCAGGGCUGCCGGUUCCUCUUCUAUCUUUCCCUGUCAGCCCAUCUUGCACUUUUGUUUAGUUUUUCUUUGGUCCUGUUCAUGAUCUGUGUAGCCUUAUGGUCUUAUAUAACGGUAUUUGCACUUGAUCUGGGUCUCUCUGGCCCCUGCGUGCCAGGAGGAUAAGUGGAAACCAUCCAACACAAACCAAUGAGACAAAUAAGCUGACUGUAGGGGAAGGGCAAAGGGGAAGAGCUCUGCAUUGACUUGGUGCAGGCCCUCUGUAUGGACAUGGGACAAGUCGAUUGUGCUGGCCAAGAAACCAGGAAACUGAAGCCAUUCCUCCUGCGUGUUCUAACUUGACCACAGGUUUUGCAGUUGCCUUAUGCUGCUCCUCUUGGUAUCAGAAUCUUUCACAGCUUUCUCUUGUCUUCAACUUUGCUUUGCUUGGCAUACACUCACUUACCUCUUGAUUUAUGAACGGAAGGGUUUUUUAUAUGUGGCUGUGAGGAGGGAAGUGGGGGAAAUGAAGAGUGGACUCUCCCCUCUUCCACCUCUCACUGUCCUCUCUGAUUCUGCACUUUAGAAAGGAAUGAAUAUAUUUUGUAUGUGUCACUCCGGCAGCUUUCGUGGGUGAAAGUGUUGGGUGGCCAGUUUUCUAAAGCAGGUUGAAUCGGAGCUGGUGUGUUCUUCUGCUACUCACUGACAUUUCUGUGACAAUAAAUGCCCUGACCACUAACAAUUCAAAAAAAUGCUGUAAACUGAUAUAUACACAAAGUAGAAUCUGUACAAAUUCAGGGAUAGCGGUGUAGUUCAGUCCUCUCCAAAAGAGGACUACAUUUCAUUUAUUCACCCAUUUCCGCCAUAAUUGCAAGCAAAUGUUGGCAGCAUUCUUGAAUGAAUAAUUGGCAACGUUAUAUUGUUGGCCUAGCAGAGCCAAAUUCCCUAACGUUCAUGGCGCAAAGCACUACAUAGUAUACCAAGCAGAAUCAGUCAAAAUGUUUUUAUUUGAAGCUGUGAAAGAUUCCGACCUCUUUCUUGUAAUUGUCAAGUGUGUAAAUAAUGUAUAUGUACAAUGUUGAGAUAUCUAUAUUUCCUUUGCACAAAAGUUGCCUUGUCUAUUUGUACAUAUGUGCAUAAAAUAUAUGAGUUAUUUAUUUAAGUUUAUAUUCUUACAGUUGCUAAUUUGGCUCUCUCAACAAAUCUCUUCCUCUGAUUAUGCCUCUGUCAUUCUUUGUGAUUCAAACAAAACUUGGAUGGAUAAAAUAAGUGUGUGUGUAUGUAUGUACGUCUGAGGGCAGAUCAACUGUGAUUACAUAAAGAGCAACCCUAGUCUGGAACAAAUCUGUGAAUAUAAUGUAAGACAUGCACUUGAGAAAGUGUACUUUUAAAAGAGAAUGUUUUAUACACUGUUACAUCAAACUGUUUAGAUCUCUUGUCCUACAUUGAUGCUUUGAUUAAUAAAUCAUACUUACUUGCUGC